CGGGCGGGGCCGGGCAGCGGUGGAGCUGUCAGGGUCGCUGGGGAGUAGACUGCUGCCUCCGGAUCAGACCAUGGCACUGCUGCUGCUCUCCCUGCUCAGCCUCCUGCUCCCCUGGGAGGGGGGCCAGGCCCUCGUCCCCCCCAGCGAGCUCAAGCAGAUGUCAGCAGCUGGAAGCAAAUACAUCGAUAAGGAGGUGGAAAAUGCCAUCAAUGGGGUGAAGCAGAUGAAGACCCUUAUGGACAAGACCAAUAAAGACCACCAAGCCAUCCUGCACACCUUGGAAGAGACCAAGAGGAAGAAAGAGGAGGCGAUGAGGCUGGCACAGGAAAAGGAGCAGCAGUUGGAGGAGAAGCAGGAGGUGUGCAACGAGACGAUGCUGGCGCUCUGGGAGGAAUGCAAGCCCUGCCUCAAGCACACCUGCAUGCGCUUCUACUCCCGCACGUGCCACAGCGGCUCAGGGCUGGUGGGGCGGCAGCUGGAGGAGUUCCUCAACCGUUCCUCACCCUUCUCCAUCUGGGUGAACGGCGAGCGCAUUGACUCAUUGCUGGAGCGGGACCAGCGGCAGGAGAAACAGUUUGAGGACCUGGAAGAACGUUAUGGAUUGCUGGAGGAUGGGGUGGAUGACAUCUUCCAGGACAGCACUCACGUCUACAGCCGCAUGUAUCCCUUCUUUCGAGCACCCUUCGGUGGAUUCCGUGAAGCAUUCCGCCCUCCCAUCCAACGUGUCCGCCUCAUCCCACGCAGCGAGAGGUUUUCCCGGGAGCUGCAUCCAUUCUUCCAGCAUCCCCGCUUCGGCUUCCACAACCUCUUCCAACCCCUCUUUGAGAUGACGCAGAGGAUGCUGGAGGAGGCACAGGGUGGUUGGGAGCACCCAUUGGGUGGCUUUGCCUCAGAGUCCCGUAACUUCAGCGACGAUCGCAUGGUGUGUCGGGAGAUCCGGAGGAACUCAGCCGGCUGCCUGCGGAUGCGGGAUGAGUGUGAGAAGUGCCGGGAGAUCCUCUCCGUGGACUGCUGGCAGACAGACCCUGCCCAGAGCCAGCUGCGGGAGCAGUUGGAGGAUGCCCUGCGCCUGGCCGAGCGCUUCACCCGCCGCUACGACGACCUCCUCCAUGCCUUCCAAGCUGAGAUGCUUAACACCACCAGCCUCCUGGACCAGCUCAACCGCCAAUUCGGCUGGGUCUCGCGGCUGUCCAACUUAACCCAAGACAGUGACGGCUUCCUCCAGGUCACCACAGUCCUCUCCAAGGCUCCCAACCCUGAGGACCCCUCAGCCGCACCGGAUACGCAGGUGACAGUGCAGGUCUUUGAUUCGGAGCCACUCUCCCUCACUAUUCCUGGUGAUAUCUCCUGGAAUGACCCUCGUUUCAUGGAGAUGGUGGCUGAGCAGGCGCUUCAGCAUUACAAGCAAAAUGCCAUAGAGUAGCCAAGUGAUGCUCCACUGCGUCCGCAUCUGCAUCCCCAUGCUUGGGGUCCAACGCUGCCGCUGCCAAGGUCCCAAAUAAACAGAAAAUAAAGGUAGAGUCAUCCCCCCUCCCUCGACUCUGCUCUCCUUGUGCCUCUUUGGGACG